AUGUUAGAGAUCACCGCCCAGCUUCUUAUUCAUAAUAUAGACAGAGCUUUGGUCCUCGGUCGAAACAGUGACAAAUUCCUAGCAGCCAAAGAAGAAUGGCAACGUCGUCAUAUCAACCUAGGCAAGGACGACAAAAGAGUCACUUUCGUCCAAUGUGAUUUGGGUGAUAUCUUCGCCGUGAAGGAAGCAGCUGAUCAGGUCAGAAGUAUAACAAAACGACUAGAUAUCAUUUUUUGCAAUGGCGGCCUUGGUGUCACAACCAAUUACGAACGAUCACCCCAGGGAGUGGAAAUGGUCUUUGCGGCAAACUGCGUUGGCCACCAGGAAUUGGUCACUCUGCUCCUACCACUUCUGAAACGCACAGCAAACCAGCAUAGCGAAUCCAGAGAAGCCCGGAUUGUUGUCACUAGUUCCUCGCUGCACUCAGUAUGCCGUACCUUGGACUUUAACCAGCUUACCACACCUACACGUGUGAUGCCUAUGCAUCCGUAUAUUGAUGGCUUCUGGCGUUAUUGUCGUUCCAAGUUGGGAAACAUUCUCUUUACGAGAGAACUCGCCCGUCGAAUUGAGCAAGAAGGUCCCAACGCUAACAAUAUCUACGUGAAUGUUUUCUUCCCUGGGAACAUUGUCACAGAGCAAUGGAAAGCCUGGGACGAGUAUGUAGGGACUACCCUCGGUGCAGUUUUCCGUUAUGUCUUUUCAAUCAUUGGGCAAAGUACACAAGACGGCGCCGCCACCGCCGUCUAUCUGGCUACAAGUGAUCGGAUUCGUGUUGAUGGGAUUCGCGGCCAAUACUACAUUCCUAUUGCCAAGCCAGACGCAACGACUGACAUUGGUAAUGACCCGGUUCUCGCCCGCGACCUUUGGGUACGUAUUCUUACGUUCCGCCCUCUCUGA